GAGCUUGCUUACGGGCAUCUACCGUGCUAGAGACAGUUUGCCAACUAGUUAAGAAAGUUUAAGCCUUCGGCCUCCUGUGGCGUGGUAGGGUAGUACUGUGUCACCUGACUCUCGGUAAGGCUGGCGCAAGCGAGCGCUCUGGAGCUACUGGACAUGGUCGCAGGUUCAUUAGGCGAAGCAUGGAUCUUGUGUGGUCGAAUACAUGGUCGAAGGCAGCAAAUAGAUGUGUGAGACAAUGUUUUUCAGUUCUGUUUAAGAACGUGCAGUGCUUUUUGCAGGCGCGUCUGCAUCGCUUCACACACUUCGAAGACUGAUCAGCUAAUGAGCGCCCAGCUACCGGACUUAGUCGCUGACUAAAGCUGGGAUCACUUGCGGAAGUCAAUAGAACCGCCGUGGUUCACAACACAUUACUGUGAAACACAUAAGUGUCUGCUCGAACCGAACUGUGUCAUUGUAGACACGGUCGGAAAAAUCAGUGGGUGUGAAGAAGAUGGCGGACACCCUCCAAAACGCCUCCUCCCUUCAAGAGCUCGAGCGCAUCUUCUCCCAGACAACAUAUGUUGCUGUGGACUUCUACGCGGACUGGUGCGGGCCAUGUAAACAGAUCGCUCCGAUAUACGCCAAUCUGUCGAAGAAGAAUAGCAUACCGAACCUGCUCACCUUCGUCAAGGUCAAUGUAGAUCAGGCGCAAGACAUAGCACGGCAGUAUGGCGUCUCCGCCAUGCCUACUUUCAUGUUCUUCAAGGAGGGCAAGCAAGUCGCCGUGAACGGACAGAAGCUCAUCCGCGGUGCAGACGUACGCAGUCUGAACGAUGCGGCGGAGAAGCUAGGAGGGUUAGCGAAGAAGAAAGCUGAAGGCGCUUGAGUGAUGGUGAACGGGAGCAGUAGCGAGAGGUAUCUCUGUGUUGCCUGCGAGGGACGGUGUCGAGAUGCUGUCGCACAGCGUCUGUGUCAUUCAAGGUGCGGUCGGUGCAAAUGGCAAUGCAAUACGAAGGCAAGUGCGAGAGGGUGGAGAAUCCCUAUAUCGGGCGCCAUCACACUUAGAGAACGGCCGACAGUAGUCUCGGCUAUGCGGAUGAUCUUGUCGG